AUGUCCGAAGCAACCCCCCGCAUAACCGCCCGCUACCUCGAAGCCUUCUCGCACCGCACCGUGCGCAUCCUGGGAAAAGUCGCCCAAAUCCGCGGCGAAACGGGAACCCUCGACAGCGAUGGGCAGAUAACCUGUCAUCUGAAUCGCGACGCCCACUGGCAACUCCACCACGCCUUCGAGAUCAUCGGCAAAGUGCAGAAUGAUUUGAGUGUGAAGGUGAUGGCGAGUACGGAUAUGGGGCCUGAGGGGGCUGUUGAUUUCACGGCGUACGAAGCUGUUGUUGAUGCGACGCAUCACUAUCAUGAGAUUUUCUACGACAAGGAGCAGUCGUGA